AUGAAGAUACCAAUCAUCAACGGAGUCAGUACUCGUUCUGAACGGAGGAGGCGAAAAGCGCAAUGCCAUUAUAGCCCGUUAGAAAAGGCUGCACAAGAACGACAUCGUCAGUGGGAGCUUACAGUCAGAAACUGCAGCAUAUCCUCACUCAGAGGGAUUGAGCAAGAGUUAGCUGAUGAGGCCAUAGAGUACCAACUCGACAUUGUUGGACUCUCGUCAACGAAGGGCGAAGGUUUUGGAAUCCUGAACUUCUUAGGGUGGAGGCUACUCUACUCCGGUGUAGAUAUCACGACGUGCAUUCCGGUGUUGAUGUCGUGA